UCCUCUCAACCUAACGGAAGACCAUCGGAGCAGUUGAUCGGACCUAAGACUGGUUCUUCCCACCCAGAAGUCGUGGCGUGGGCUUGCAUAGAAAUCUUGCUAGGGAUACACUCUACGGAGGUGGGAUCCUUAUUCGGUAGUGACCGCGUGCGUGCUUUUCACUCCCUCUCUGUUGGUGUUUGUGAGUUGUGGAAAGUGGGUGAAACUGUGUGUGGAGCGGAAAAAAGGCUCAAUUGCCAAGGAUAUCUGAUUUUUUGUUGUCCUGUUUCGGAAGUUGGUUGAUCCUGCGAGUUGUUCCUCUUUUUUCGUUGUUGCUUUCAUUUCGAAUGGGAUUAAGUGCUGCUUCAAGGGUAUUGUGUGGCACCCAUCAGCGACGACGAGGACGACCGUAGGGGAAUAGCAGCAGCGUGCCGCAGAAGAAUCAUUACGCGCGUGUUGUGACCGAACAUCAACUCCCCCAGGAAACAUAUACAAGGGGAUCUGUACAAUAUCAAGUGAGGGAAAGAUUUUUUUUUUACAUUCCAUUACGGUCUGUUGGAAGAAAAUAUCAAGAACGGUUCUUUCCAGCUCUAUAAAUCAUUUGGUUGUGUCAUAAAAAAGAAAUCGUUCAAGAAGGAAAAAAGUGAAACGGAACGGGUGCGAGAAUCCUUCACCACAAGUUGAAUUUAAUUUAAGGCGCAAAACGAAGACGUCCGGAAAGCGUUGAAGCUGAAAGUGUACAGUGGCUAGCCGGGGAAAAAUAUAAAUAAGGAGAAAGUGAAAAAAAAAAACGGGAAAUUGGAAAAGUUUACGGUGAACUGAACGAGGAAGUGAAAAAGAGUGCAAACGAGGAGGCUCGUUCCUUUGAAUUUCCAGAGGAACCACAACAUCGGCUGCAGCAAAUUCCCGAUUCAUAUCGCUUCGAAAAACAUCCACGACUGGUACAUUGUAAUUUUUAAGACCGGACAACUUUCGCCAACUGAGAAAAACUUCCUCUUGCUACUACUGCUGCUGCUGCUGUGGCUAGUGUAGAAGAGGCCAUACCAAACACAGUGGCUCCCGAUAGCCUCAGGCUAGACAGGGGAAAGAACUCUUGAUCAGAGUCCGCCGUCAAGCAAUAAUUACUACCACAAGCCGGGUGAGUGCUGACUGAAGGAAUCUUUUUUUUUUCGGCAGCAGUCCACUGACCGCACUUUCAACGUCGAGAAAACGACGGAUUUAAGGAAGCUACUUUUCCACAUUACACAAGAGUAGCAGGAAAAGCAGUCACCAUUAUGAAGGGACGACAUCUAAGGAGACGGUUCAGCCUGCAGCCAUCGUUUAUGAAGGACGACAGCCCGGACGACAGACCGAAGCGGGAAAAACCCCUAAAAAACGACGAAAAUUCAAUCAAUUCCAACGUACGGCACAAGAUCGUCGUCAUGGGGGCGGCCAAGGUCGGCAAGAGUUCCAUCAUCACCCAGUUCCUGUAUGGCACUUUUUCGCCGAAGUACAAACGCACCGUCGAAGAAAUGCACCACGGUCACUUCUCCGUCGGCGGGGUCAACCUGACGCUGGACAUUCUGGAUACGUCCGGCUCGUACGAGUUCCCGGCGAUGCGGGCCCUAUCGAUCUCAUCGGCGGACGCCUUCAUCCUAGUGUACGACAUCACCGACAGUGUCACCUUCGAGGAGGUCAAAGCAAUUCGGGAGCAGAUUCACGAGAUCAAAUCAACGACUGCCGUUCCGAUUGUGGUGGUUGGCAACAAAACCGACCUCGCCGACGAGGAUGACGACAUUCGGCAGAUCCCACGUGGCACAACGGAUUCGAUGGUAACGGUCGACUGGGAAAAUGGCUUCGUCGAGGUAUCCGCCAAGCUCAAUCGAAACGUUUCACAAGUAUUCAAGGAACUGCUCGCCCAGGCCAAAAUAACCUACAAUCUGAGUCCGGCACUGCGCCGGAGGCGGCGCCAAUCGCUGCCCCAGCAAGCCAGUGGCGGAGGCGGAACCGCUCCGUCCACCCCAUCGCAAAACGUCCCCUCUGCAUCGGUGCAUGUCCCCUCUGCCGCCCAGCUGGCACAUCUACAGCAAAUCCAGGAGAAAAGCCUCGGCGGAAAACGAAAUUCGUGCAUUUUGUCUUAAUAGAAGCAAACGGUAAAAUUACACUUCAACACAAUAUGCUCGGCUGGGAGUGAUUUCCCUGGUCGAUGCAAAAACACAGCACUCUAUAUAUUUGGAUGAAAACAUUUCUGUCUCCGUCAAAGCGUGUAAAUCACAACCAAAUUGUAUUUAUUCGGUGUAAUGAAACAUAAAUCGUGAACACUUUGUUAUAUUGCAGUCAUUAGAAAAGAAAAA